CGAGAUUUCAUACUCAUACUGAAAGCAUCUGUUUGUUUAUAUAAGUUGGUUUUAUUUUACUCCUUUAGUUUUCAGCCGUUUAAAGCUCCAAAAUGGCUGGAAACAAGGGAAUGGAGGAUCUCAUUCCUAUUAUGAAUAAAUUGCUGGAUUGCUUCUCACAGCUUGGCCAAACAGCGACUAUAGAUCUGCCACAAAUUGCAGUCGUCGGAAGUCAAAGUGCUGGAAAAAGCAGUGUUUUAGAGAAUUUUGUUGGAAGAGAUUUUCUCCCUCGAGGCUCAGGAAUUGUUACUAGAAGACCUUUGAUUCUGCAACUAAUUCCUGAGAAAACAGAGUAUGCUGAAUUUCUUCAUGCAAAGGGGAAAAUUUUCACUGAUUUUAAUGAUGUGAAUAAAGAGAUAGUAAGAGAAACAGACCGUCUUACUGGCAGUAAUAAAGGAAUAUCUAAUAUUCCUAUCAACCUCAGAGUGCACUCUCCACAUGUGCUAAACCUGACGUUGAUUGAUCUUCCUGGUAUGACAAAGAUAGCUGUGGGUGACCAACCUCAGGAUAUUGAAAUUCAAAUACGAGACAUGCUUUUACAGUUUAUUACCAAACCAAACUGUUUGAUUCUUGCUGUAACCCCAGCUAACACAGAUCUUGCUAAUUCUGAUGCUUUAAAGAUUGCAAGAGAAGUUGACCCACAAGGCAUUCGUACAAUUGGUGUGAUUACAAAACUUGAUUUGAUGGACAGUGGGACUGAUGCUAGAGAUAUCUUAGAGAACAAAACAUUUCCGCUACGAAGAGGUUAUGUUGGAGUUGUUAAUCGAAGUCAAAAAGAUAUAGAAGGAAGAAAGGACAUCAGAGCUGCUUUAGCUGCAGAAAGAAAAUUCUUCCUAAGCCAUUCAAGUUAUAGACAUAUGGCUGAUAAAAUGGGCACACCUCAUCUUCAGAAGGUUCUUAAUCAGCAACUAACCAAUCAUAUCAAAGACAGUUUGCCAUCUUUACGAAGUAGUUUACAGGAUCAGUUAAUUUCAUUGGAAAAGGAUGUUCAGCAGUUUAAGAAUUUCCGUCCCGAUGAUCCUUCAAUGAAGACUAAAGCUCUCAUGCAAAUGAUUCAACAGUUUCACAGUGAUUUUGAAGAAGCCAUUGAAGGCACAGGGGACCAAAUUGAUACAAUACAACUCUCAGGUGGUGCUAGGAUUAACAGAGUCUUCCAUGAAAGAUUUCCCUAUGAGUUAGUGAAGAUGGAAUUUGAUGAGCGAGAGCUAAGAAAAGAAAUCAGUUUUGCUAUCAAAAAUAUUCGUGGUGUCAGAGUUGGUCUUUUUACUCCAGACAUGGCUUUUGAGGCCAUCGUCAAAAAGCAGAUUGGAAAACUAAAAACGCCUGCAACAAAGUGCAUUGAUCUUGUUAUGAAUGAAGUAACUAAUGUGAUCAGAAAAUGUACAGAUAAGAUGGCAAAAUAUCCACGAUUGAGAGACGAGGUCGACAGGAUUGUGUCAACCCAUAUAAAGAAUGGAGAAGUCAGAGCGAAAGACCACGUGACACUUCUUAUUGACAUUGAACUGUCAUAUAUCAACACUAAUCAUCAAGAUUUUAUUGGUUAUGCAGCAGCAAGUUCAAACGCCUCCUCUCAAACUGGUGAAAGAAAGCGAAAGGGAAUUGGUAAUCAAGUCAUUCGCAAAGGAUGGUUGCAAAUUUCAAACACAGGUUUUAUGAAAAGUGUUGUAGCCAAAGAAUACUGGUUUAUUCUCACAGCUGAGUCACUCUCCUGGUACAAAGACGAAGAAGAAAAAGAACAGAAGUAUCAGUUACGUUUAGAGGGAUGUAAGCUGCGAGAUUUAGAAGCUGGGUGGAUGUCAAGGAAAGCGGCAUUUGCAAUCUUUAAUCCAGACCAGAAAAACUUGUUCAAAGACCACAAGCAGUUGGAAUUAGCUGGUGAGACUCAAGAUAUUAUUGAUGAAUGGAAGGCAUCGUUUCUUCGAGCAGGUGUUUAUCCACAAAGAGAAAUGAAUGAAUCUGAUAAGAGCAGUGAAUUGGGUAGUCUUGACCCCCAGAUGGAAAGGCAAGUCGAGACUAUCCGUAAUCUCGUUGAUUCCUACCUCAAGAUUGUCAGUAAAACCAUCAGAGAUCUUGUCCCAAAGACCUGCAUGUAUAUGAUUGUGCAGAACACCAAAGAUUUCAUUGGUUCCGAGAUUUUGGCUCAUAUCUACUCAAGUGGGGACACUAAAACUAUGAUGGAAGAAAGCGAAGAAGAGGCAUUAAGACGAGAAGAAAUGAUGAGAUUAUAUCAGAGCACCAAAGAAGCACUAGAUAUCAUUGGUGAUAUUAAUAUGCACACAAUAUCCACCCCUCUUCCUCCUCCAAUAGAGAAAGAUGAUGAGCCAGCGUCACACUAUAGACCUCAAGCAAGUCGACCACCCCCGUCCACAAAUGCUCCCACUCGCCCAUCCAGCAGUCCUACCCCCACGAGGCACCCUCCGCCACGUAGUCGACCGAGCACACGACAAAACUACCCUGAACCCGCUCAACGACCCAACAUCCCAGAUCGCAAUGAAAUAAACGCCCAAGUACAAAAUGCCCAAAAUGCUUAUGCCGCUUAUAAUAUGGCAUCCUCAAUUGGUUUAACCCCUCCUAUCCCUAAUCGUCCUGAUGCAUCAUCGAUACCCUCGAUCCCAAAACGACCGACUGUGUUGGGUCGACCUGCUCCACCUCCCCCUGGAAAAUCCACACCUUCGAUUCCUAGUCGUCCCGACAUUCCAAGCCGACCAUACUGAUGAUCUUAUCUCACGAAUCCUGGGGGUGAAGUUCAGUAAUCAUAAAUAAACAAUCACAAACUGGCAGACGAGUAAAUUAGUCAAUGAACAAUCACAAAUAACAUUUUGAAACAAAAUAUGGCAAUUACGCAGUUUGAACGAAAAAUUGCACACAACAUAAAAAAAAUAUUAAAACUUGUAAUCAGAUAUACUUCAGGUAAAAAUAUCUUGCUCACUCGCAUGCUUUCUUUAUUUCCUGUCACAACACGCUAGUGGCAGUGGCGGUGCUCUCAAAAAUUGUGCACUUUUUGAGAUUACCUUUGAACUAAUUCAACCGUAAACCAAAAAGUCGGUUUUAUAUGAAUAAACCUGACGCUGCGAAGCUUUAUAUGACUGACUGAUCUUCGCAUAAUAUAGUUCAAUGAGGUAUUCUGUCUCCCGGAGAGUCUCGUUUUUGAAUUGAGUCUCUUACAACUUGGACCUAGUUUAACGUAAAAUGGUAUUUUUAAGAAUGAUUUGUUUUAAACACUUGAAUCUAAUGAUAGAGUAAAUUGUUCAAACUUUAGAGUAUACAAAAUGUUGUAAAAGCUAGUUUUGUAAACUUCAAAAUUCAUAUAAAAUAUAGGUCAUUUCUAUAAACAAAUCAAGCUAUAUUCCAUCAAAAGUCAAACUACGGUCAGGACCGCACCAAGAGAAUUUCAAUUGGGGGUUAUUUUUCUUUGAUUUAUCGAUGAAACCAAUGAAUAAAUGAGGUCUACAAAAUACACUGUAUUGUAAGAAAUACACAAAGUACUGUAAAGGCUUAAGGCUAAUUUUCACUCCGGAAAACGAGCAGCGGAUCGAAUCGGAACGAAAGAUGAUCCGCGCGUGCGCCGUCUGUUGAAAUUUUUGGCUUAUAUUGAUCCGAAAGCGUCCGAGACCGGAUAAAAAAAAGUUCAAAUAGUUUUAACUUUUUUUGAUCCGAUCCGAAAUCACUUCAUGGAUCGGGGCCAGCUCGGAAAAAAAUCCGAUCCGCUGCUCGUUUUCCGGAGUGGAAAUUAGCCUUUAAUCGUCAAAUUACUUCUCUCGCUCACUAAUAUUAAAUGCAAAGGAAAUAUCGUACAUGUGAUCAAGUGAAUGUAAAUUAAUAUUUUUUAAAAAUUCAUUAACAAGAGAUUGAUGACUGU